UCGAGUCGGGACUUCACUUGUUGCACACAGCUGUGAUAAGAAGACUGAGCAUCGGUGCCAAAGCUUAGGCUACUAUGUGUCUUAUUCAUACAUCACAUUACAUUACACACAGCUUUUUAUUUGGGUCUGCUGUGCGCAUGCGAGGAGGCGAGCUGAGGACUUGCUUAAACAGAUGACGGUGUGGAGAGCAUCGAUCGCUCUCAACACACACAGCAGGAUAUGCGCCUCUUUUUUUUAUUCAUUUUUUUUUUUACAUAAACAAGACAUCUGAAGCUGCCGACACAGAUUUCCUGGUUUUAUCUCCCCACACGCCUCUCCUGCUACUACGUCUCACGCAACAGGCUCCAACACCAAUGUGGAGUCUACGCUGAGGAAGACUACCACCUGUAACUGUGCCUGUCUGCUCCCACACUUUCACGCCGACGCCGAGGAUGAAGAAGCAAAACGUCCGGACCCUGUCGCUCAUCCUCUGCAUGUUCUCCUACUUGCUGGUCGGCGCCGCGGUGUUUGACGCGCUGGAGUCCGAGACGGAGAGCUCCCGCAGGCGCAUCUUGGAGCAGAAGCGCAGCGAGAUGAAGAAGAAGUACCGCUUCUCCGAGGACGACUACCGCGAAAUCGAGCGAGUGGUGCUGCAAGCUGAGCCCCAUCGCGCCGGGAGACAGUGGAAAUUUGCUGGCUCUUUCUACUUUGCCAUCACAGUCAUCACCACCAUUGGUUAUGGACAUGCAGCACCAGGCACAGACGCAGGAAAGGUCUUCUGCAUGUUCUAUGCUGUGCUGGGAAUCCCUCUCACCCUGGUCAUGUUCCAGAGCCUGGGUGAAAGGAUGAACACAUUUGUGCGCUAUCUCCUACACAAAGCGAAGCAGUGUCUGGGCUGUCGACACACUGAGGUGUCCAUGGAGAACAUGGUCCUGGUGGGCUUCCUGUCCUGCAUUGGGACACUGUGCGUCGGGGCCACAGCCUUCGCUCACUUCGAGGGAUGGAGCUUCUUCCAUGCAUACUACUACUGCUUCAUCACGCUCACCACCAUCGGCUUCGGGGACUUUGUGGCCCUGCAGAAAAAGGAGGACCUCCAGGAGAAAACGCCCUACGUGGCGUUCAGCUUCAUGUAUAUCCUGGUGGGGCUGACCGUCAUCGGGGCCUUCCUGAACCUGGUGGUGCUUCGCUUCCUCACCAUGAACACUGAGGAUGAGAGGAGGGAUGCUCAAGAGAGGGCGUCACUGAAGAGGGACAGAGGCCUUUUGGAUGGGACUGUGGGCCUCCAUGGUGUGGGGGACCAGAACAGAGGCAGCCACAGGGACAGGAACAGGAGCAACACGGUGCACAGUCGCAGCCACAGUACGCUCUUCCUCCCGAUGGAGGAAGGAACCAGCCGCACCAACCUCAUCGCUUCCCCGGCGGAGGAUCAGGAGAGACGAGAAAGCCCCUGCAGACACAGGCUGCAUUUUCAGAUCAAGGCGGGCAGACGCAGGCCGAACUCAAGCCUCAGCUCCCUCUGCUCCUGUGUGUGCUACCGUCUGGGGAUCUGUGAUAGCCCUCUUAUGUCCCACAGUGAACACCACGGCUGCCAUAUCAACUCUGUAUACUACAACUCAGUCUCCUAUAGGAUCCAGAGCUGCUCACCGGGUUCCAGGGACAACACUGGACUCUCCUCCCCGGGAAGCACGCUCUCUCCCGGGCACAGCUUCCGGGAAUUCCCUCGGUCGAGGAGAAAGUCAGUGUAAGGAGCAAUAUAGUGAAGGAGAGUGUUUGCACAGACUGUAGACGGUAUUUUCAGUGACACUGUAUUUUGUGUUACACCUUUUUUGUGCAUGUCAGAAGACACUGAUUCUGCUAAACGAAUAAGUUGUCUGUUGUGGCUAUUGAAGAUCAUUUUAUUUGUUAAAGGUCCAGUGUGUAGGAUUUAGGGGGAUAUACUGGCAGACAUGGAAUAUGAUAAGUAUGUUUCCUUUAGUGUAUAAUCACCUGAAAAUAUGAAUUAACGUGCUUUUGUUACCUUAGAAUGAGCUGUUUACAUCUACAUAGGCUGUGUAGACCAUCAUCCAUCUUUUGCCAUGUUUCUACAGUAGCCUAGAAUGCACAAACCAAACACUGGCUCUAGACAGGGACAUUAGCGUUUAUUGCAUUUUCACAUUUUUUGCAUCAGCGGCUGUGGUUAGCAGCACCUCCGCAACGAGUGUUGAAAAAACACUAACUUUUUUUAAUUUUUGGUUUGUUUCUUUUUGGGACACCGUGUCAAGUUCUGCCUGUUACAUGCAUUGUCUUCCUUCGAAAUACACUUCCGUUAUCACAAAAAAUGUAACAUUUACUAGUCUCUGUCAAAAUAAAUGCACUACGUCAGUACAGCGCAAAUUAACUUUUUUUUCCUUCAACAAACACGUGGUUAGGUUUAGGCAACAAAAACACGUGGUUAGGUUUAGGCAAUGAAAACACGUGGUUGGAUUUAGGCAACAAAAACACGUGGUUAGGUUUAGGCAACGAAAACACAUGGUUGGGUUUAGGCAACAAAAACAUGUGGUUAGGUUUAGGCAACGAAAACACAUGGUUGAGUGUAGGCAACAAAAACACGUGGUUAGGUUUAGGCAACGAAAACACAUGGUUGGGUUUAGGCAACAAAAACACGUGGUUAGGUUUAGGCAACGAAAACACAUGGUUAGGUUUAGGCAACGAAAACAUGUGGUUAGGUUUAGGCAACAAAAAUAUGUGGUUGGGUGUAGGCAACAAAAACACAUUGUUAGGUGUAGGCAACAAUAACGUAGUUAGGUUUAGGCAACGAAAACACAUGGUUAGGUUUAGGCAACAAAAACAUGGUAUGGUUUAGGCAACAAAAGCAUGUGGUUGGGUUUAGGCAACAAAAACACGUGGUCAGGUUUAGGCAACAAAAACACGUGAUUUGAUUUAGGAAAAAAAAAACAGGGUUUGGCUUUAUAAUCUUACAGGACGCGAACACCGCUCUCACAGAUGAAAGUCGCCGCCUUAACUUGCAUUCUUGUCUCGCUGCGUUUCCCCAUGAUGCCACUUAGCGCUGUUAAACUAUGACAGCAACCAGCCAUGUAUAAUGCCAACAUUAAAGGACGGCUUCUUUCGUCGGUGUCCGACACCGCUAGUCACUGCCCAAGCGCCUGAUUUGACGACUGAGACGGGGUUGUUUAAGACGGGGUUGUUUACAAUGACUCAGUCCAUUUGUUUUGGAGAGGAGGAGAAAAGCCUCCUGAACAAUGAACGCUGACAGAAUUCUAACCGGGAGAGGUUUCAGCUGGUUGCAAUCUGCCAUCCUCACCACUAGAUGCCACUCAAUCCCCCUAAAUCUUACCCACUGGAGAUUUAAGCAAGGAUGAAAUUUCUUAUCCUUUUUUACCACAACAUUAUUUCUGUUAUUGAUUCUGCUGUGUUCCUCGCAUGUAAGCGAACGUGCAGUGCAUGCUACAGAGAAUGUAUAGCACACAAUGUGAAUGCAUGAGUGCUAUGUGCAGAUGUAAACAGCUGGGCUUUUAAUCUAUCAUCAUUUUAACAGAAGUAUUUUGGAAAUAGUGCUUAUUAAUGACUGUAUAACUGUUCAGUGAAGGUAUGUGAACGAUCCUCAGUGGACUCUGCUCCUGCUUCAGACAACAACACUUUUCAUGCCAUAGCUAGAUGAUGUCAUUUUCCUUUUAUAUCUAAAAAAAAAAAAGCCUUAAAAUAACUUUCACCAAGCACAUGAGAGAUGUGGCUUCUUAGCUCAGUGACUUUAAUAAAUCCUUUUAUUACCUAUCACGGGGAGGGGGGUUCAGAAUAACUUGGUGCAUUGUUCAGCACGAAUGCACUCUAAUAUAAAGAGAUAAUGAUUGUAACAGGACUGAUUUUCAUGUAAUGGAUGUAGCAGACAACAGAUAUGUAGCAGGUUACAAGUAAACUUCCCUAAAGUCCUGGAACAAUUGUCAGUUUCCAGACGGGGAGGUGUUGUUUCCAUGUAGACUUGGUUUGUAGUUGGAUUCGAUGUCUCUUACAGUAUUGUUUUAUUAAACCAA